GGGCGGCCGCCGGAGGUUGUUUGUUUGGUACCGAAGUACUGUUUGAAGAACUUUAAACAAUAUUGGAGGAUGGCAGAAGCAGUUUUGAUUGAUCUGUAUGGCUUGGAAUUGAACUCUCAGGGAAACUGUACCGAGACAUUGCUGAAGACACUGAAGGCUGUCCAAUACCACUAUGCUGGCAAGGCCCAGUUCCUUUGCAUAAUAUGUUGCAAUAACAUCAGCCGUGAAUGGGAUAGUGAACAUGAUAAUUGUGAAUUGGAAACAAGAAAUGAAUUUUCAGCUUUCUUGAGUGACUUCGAGAUUGUUAGUAAUCCGAGCAUUGCUGCCUCUUUGUAUAUGAUUAAGCAAAAAAUUGAUGAAAAAAAUUUGAGCAGCAUUAAGGUGAUUGUACCAGUACACAGGAAAAAAUUAAUGAAGGCUUUUAUCGACCAGCUCUUCACUGAGGUUUACAGUUUUGAGUUUGAAGAUUUACAGGUAAAGGAUGGUUUUUUGAAGCAGUCCACUGAGAUAAACGUGAUCACAGCUCCUGAAGUAGAAAAAAUCCAGGAUGAAAUAGAAACGUAUUUGAGAAGUCUACCAGAACUGAAUGGAAAAAUAACUAUUAUUACAUCUCCUUUGAUCCCAGACAUUUUCAUUCAUGGAUUCACUACAAGAACAGGAGGGAUAUCUUACAUACCAACACUUAGCUCAUUCAAUCUCUUCAGUAGUUACAAACGGAGAGAUCCCAAGACAGUUGUUCAAGAAAACCUGCGUAGGUUGGCGAACGCUGCAGGAUUUAAUGCAAAGAAAUUUUACCGAGUAAAGAUUGAUCAUGCCAAAGAAGUCUGGAUUAUGGGGAAAAAGGAGCCUGAAUUUUAUGAUGCAAUAACCACAAAUCAGAGAGGAGUCACAAUUGCAGCUCUUGGUGCUGACUGUAUACCUAUAGUUUUUGCAGAUCCUGUCAAAAAGGCAUGUGGGGUUGCACACUCUGGGUGGAAAGGUACUCUGCUAGGUGUUGCUAUGGCUACGGUAAAGGCUAUGAUAUCAGAAUAUGGCUGUAGUUUGGAAGACAUUAUUGCUGUACUGGGACCUUCAGUAGGACCCUGCUGUUUUACUCUUCCCAGAGAAUCAGCAAGUGCAUUUCAUGAUCUUCAUCCUACAUGUGUACGACUGUUUGACUCACCAAAUCCCUACGUUGACAUCCGUAAAGCCACCAGGAUUCUUCUAGAACAAGGAGGAAUUCUUCCACACAAUAUUCAGGACCAGAAUCAAGAUCUCAACCUCUGUACAUCCUGCUGUCCUGAAAAGUUUUUCUCCUGUGUCCGAGAUGGCUUUAAUUUUGGUACACAGAUUGGCUUCAUAUCAGUUAGAGAAUGAGAUACUUGACUGGAUUUUUACAUGACUUCAUCUUCCUGCAAAACUGAUGGCAAGGGAAAAGUUAGCUGAUUUGUGUAAAACAGAGGAUUACAAUGGACAACUCAUCUUUAGGCCAUAUUUGCACUAUUGUUACCAAAUUUAAGUGAUUUUUAUUUAAUUGAUGUUGUAUAGAUGAAGAUGAUUAUAAAAUGUUCUCAUUGUUGCACAGAUCAGGAAUAGAUUUGUUGAAUAUUGAUUGGAUAUUUACUAUUUGUUAGGUAUGAUGUUAAGCGUAAACUAACCAAAAUAGCUGAAUUUUUCCUUUUGACUCCAGUGUACUGAAGGAAAUAAACCUUACAUCUGAAAUUUAAUUUUCAUAGCAAUAGAAGAGUACUUGAAUAAAGUAGUUAAUUUUACCCAAAAGGCAGGACAGAAAAGAUAUUACAGCAAAAAUGACUCGUAGGUCCAGAGUAUGUGUAGGCUUUUGACAAAUGAACAACCAUAGUGGUGAGGGAACAUCAUGAAACAGAACAUGCAACUCUGGAAAUGUAUACAAUGUCCUAGAGACAGAACAGUGUGGGCAGAAUGAGAACUGGAAAAUCAGUUUGAAAUAGAUUGGUAGGAGUCUCAGAUGCCAUGUCAAAAGUGUGGAAUUUAUUUUCCAGGCAAUUAGUAGGCAUCUAAGGCAGAGGAGCAUUUUUAUUUCCUUGUUAUUCUAUCUAAUAUGAUGGAUUUAUAUUGUGAGAGACAGAAAUAGACUAAAUGAAAUAUUUUUACAUAUUUCAAAAAAGAAUGAAGUUUGAAUAAAGGAGUGGGAGAUAAAAUGAAGAAUAGAGUAGAUGAAUUAGAGAGAGAUACCAGAGAGAUGGACUCAGUAGGUAAUAGAAUUGAGAGGUGAGGAAGAGUAGGCAAAUCAUUGGUGAUCCCAAAGUUGCUGCUUAGGUAUCUACCAAGAGUAGCAAUGAAGUCAGGGAGGGGGUUUCAGACAAAGGAAAAAGAUAAUGAGUUUCACCUUACUACAGAAUAAAGUGCAUAUGGAUGGAAAUUGAGAACUAGAAUUUAAGGGGAAGGUUGGAAAGAAGACAUAGAUUUGGAUGUUGGCUAAACAGAGAUGAUGACAGACAUGGGGCAUGUUGGGUUAAAUUAGGAUGUACCAGAGUCUGUUGGAGUGUGUUGGGUUAAAGUAAGAUGCACCAAAAGGAGUCCCAAGGCUGCAGCCUCAUGCAGCACCUGCAUUGGAAAAACAAGAAGCUGAAACAGUAAAAAUAAAAAAUAAUAGUAAUCAUAAAUAAAAAGCAAAAGAGCAUUGUCACUUUGAAGAAUCCAGAAUAGUUGUGAGAGGUACUUGAAGUCUUUGAGGGUAAUAUAAAGCAAGAAUUGGGAAGAAGCCAGCUGUUAAUUUCUUGAAGCUGUCUUUCAGUAACUGACUGCAAUGAAGCUGACAGCCAGGUUUCAGAGCAUUGAGGAAGAAAGUACACAGAUAUUAACUCUUAGUUGACAGUUUUUACUUGAGAAGAGAAAAUAAAGGGAUUUAAUGUUUUUUGAUAUGGGUGGUUUCAAGUAUAUUUAUAGGCUAAAUAAAUGUUAAGUUACAUUUAAUUUGGGAUAUAUAUAUAUAUAUAUAUAUAUAUAUAU